AAAGUUGUUUUUUGUUUAUUAAUAUGGCGUGUACUAUUUUUUUUCUUCGCAUGAUAAAUGGUGUUUUGGUGUUGGUUUGCGGCACAUAUUUCCUCGCUCCUUGAAUCAUGAGUCGCCGGGUCGACCAUCAUAUCAUUAUUUUUUCGACAUUAUAUUUUUUUCACAUCUUCUUUCGACUGGGGUAUAAAAACUCGUUUUGGUUUAUUCUGCGUAUCUCGGCUGGCACAAACACACACACACACUACUACUUAUUACUACUACUACCACAAAGAGCGUACCGUACCAUAUAUCACCCUCGAGGGGCUUUCGACAUAUAAAAUCGAGGCCAGAGCUCGGGGUAGCCUUUUGAUUUAUUUUUUGGAUUU